AUUUUCGUCCUUUGUGGGGGCGUGGAAGGGAGAUAGAGGAGCAGCAGAAGCACAGGAUCAGGAAGGAUCAGAAAACCGAUGAGGUUCAAGGUAUGAAGAGGAAUCGAUCACGGAGGCAGCACAUCGUCGCAACACUUAGUUGACCGUCUAGUGGCUAAUAUUAUAUAAAUACGGAUAUGGUGAGACGGAUCAAGACAAGCUCCCAGAUCAAUGGCCCCUUAUCAGUAGUCCCGACGUUGGCACGUCUGGAGCAGCCCUAUGCGGAACUGACUAGCGAGCGGCGCUUGGAGAAGAUUCAAGUUGACUACCAUGGUAUAAAUAGCAGUUAACAGUAACGAAUAAAAAUACGAAUGCUUGUCGCCCAGUUUCGGUUUUCGGCGAAUACCAGUUGGCGAGAAGCAACAACAACAACAACAAGAACAACAGUAAAAGCGCGAACGACUAGAAAAUAGAACCUGACCCACAAAAGCACAUUAGCAAGCACUCAGCCUAGCAAAACAAAGCUAGCAAACCUGAGGUGAAGGUCACACGGUGCCACAUCAGUGACUAUGUUUUGGCAUCAGAAUGUAGACCAGGCACAGCAGCAGUCGCAGCAUUCGCAGCAGAAGAAGACUCCUAGUCAACCGAUGGGGAAACGUUUCAACAUCAGCUUCAAUGUCAAAAUUGCUGUGAACGUGAACACCAAGACGUCAACCACCCACAUCAACCAGCAGUCGACCCCGACAUCGACGACAUGCCACAGAAAGCAUAGCGUCCAGCAUCAGAGCAGCAAGUUCGAUCUGCGCCAGCAGCUGGCGCGGCUGGGUCGCCAGUUGGCCAGCGGCCAGGACGGACAUGGGGGCAUAUCCACGAUUCUGAUUAUCAAUCUCCUACUGUUGAUCGUGCUGUCGAUCUGCUGCGAUGGGUGUCGCUCCCAAGAUGGCCGGCACCACAACUACUCAGGCCUGCCAGACGAGUUCAAGGACCGCCUGGGACUGUUGCCAAAGCUGGACAGUGACGUGGUGGAGAAAGUGGCCAUUUGGCACAAGCACGCGACAGCCGAUCCCCCCAGCAUUGUGGAGGGCAUUGCCAUCAGCAGCAUAUCACGACCGGUCCCAGAACCAAUGGCAGCACACAAGCCAACGGCGGCGCUGCCAGAGUUACCAGAGGAUGGAAUCGAUGAGCGUGUGGUCCUGGAGCGCGUCACACGUGAGUGUGUGCAGCGCUGUAUUGUGGAGGAGGAUUUAUUUCUGGACGAGUUCGGAAUCAAGUGCGAAAAGGCGGACAGCAGCGAGAAGUGCUACAAAACACGCUGCACCAAGGGAUGUGCUCAAUGGUACAGAGCCCUCAAGGAGCUGGAGCCCUGCCAAGAAGCUUGUUCUUCGCUACAGUUCUUUUCCCAUGACAUGCCCUGCAUCGGGUCCUGCGAGAUGGCCCAGCGCAAUUACUGGCGCCUACAACGCCUGGCCAUGACUCAGCCCGUGCAGAGGACGCAACCGCAGUUCGUGCAGGCCCCCAGUCAGGAUCGACAGGACACGCCCUUGACCAUCAAGUGGGCCAUGCACUUCCCGGAGCAUUACCUGUCCAGUCGACCCUUCAACAUCCAGUACCAGUACGCGGACCUCCAUAAUGAGGAGAAUAAAGAGGAGAAGAAAGAGGAGAAAUGGUUUAAUUUGGCAGACUACGAUUGCGACGAGUACUACGUCUGCGAGAUCCUUGAGCCCCUGAUGCCUUACACACAGUACAGAUUCCGCUUCGAGCUUCCCUUUGGCGAAAGCAGCGACGAUGUGCUUUACUCGCCGGCUACACCCGCCUACCAGACGCCUCCUGAGGGGGCACCCAUAUCGGCACCGGUUAUCGAGGAGGUGCUGGCACUCGACGAAAGCCAUGUGGCCGUGCACUGGCAUCCGGGCAGAUUCACCAACGGCCCCGUCGAGGGCUACCGCCUUCGCCUAAGCAGUCCUGGGGAUAAUCGAACCAUCGAGCAGCUGGUGACGGUGCAGCGGGGAAACUUUAUCUUUUCUCAGCUGCAGGCCCGUACCAAGUACAGGCUGGAGGUGACGAUGAUCAACAAGCAGGGCGAGGGCCCAGCGGCAUCUGCCAGUGUCGAGACCCAUACCGCUCAGGCUCCGCAAUUGCACAAGGAUCAGGAUAAGGAUCAGGACCCGAGUGCGCUUGUUGCCGGGCAUCGGAGCAUCGUAUGGCAGGCCUUGGCGCCGGGCGGGGAGACACGACUCGUCCUUCAGUCUGAUCAACCAAUUAGUGAUAUGACCUGGGAGCAGAGGGAGCAACGGCUGUGGUUUGUGGACGUUCUGGGAGAGAUGCGCAGCCUGAGACUGGAGCAGGGCCAACCCACUUCUGGCAUUAGCAGAGUGGAGCUAGAUGGACGAAGCAACAUUACCGGUAAAUGGAUUCCCCGAAAGCUUAGCCUGGAUUGGCUCCGAAGACGUCUCUACCUAGCUGUGGAGACGCCGAAUCUCAAAUUUUCCCUGCUCAAGAUGGAUCUGGAGAGCAUAGACAUUGCUGUGUUGUCCGAGGCUCUGGACCCUGUCCAGCAAUUGGAGGUUGACCCCUUGAACGGUUGGCUUUUUUGGACCGAUGCCGAGAGCGUUUGGCGCCUUGAUUUGACCACUAAGGAACGAAUCCGCAUUGCCAGGAUCAGGCAGCCUGGAUGGUUCACCCUGGACCCGCUGCACUGGCUACUCUACUUACUGGUGGCGCACGAGGGGAAGAUUCUGGAAAUCAGCUACGAUGGAAAUUACAAAAGGCCUCUGAUCGUCCUGCCCGACAACUCAUGGCGGACUUUCGCUCUCCAGGGCCGCUCCCUGCUCCUAGCUGGUGCCAGCCAGAUACAAUUGUUGCUGGUAGAUCAGCUUAACCACAGAGGGCUGGACACCUGGCCGCUGCGUCACUUCCCUGACUGCUGGGGCCUAAUCCUUCUCACCGCAGAGCGCUAUCCUUCGGCUCAUCCCUCAGGGGUGCCUCGCCAGCUCAGCGCCGUGUUGGGGGCACAGGCAGCACACAUAUCAUGGAAGCAGCCGGCCAGGAAUCAUUACCAGUCACCCGCCGCCGCCGCUUUGGACUUGAGUUACGAGCUAGAGGUCCUGGACGUGGCAAGCCAGAGCGCGUUCAGCAUCCGUAACAUCCGUAGCCCCCACUUCGGACUCGAGCGCCUGCAGCCGGACAAUCUUUACCACUUCCGGGUGCGAGCCAUGAGCUCGGCCGGUGAACCCGGGGCCUGGACCCCACCCCACGUGGCUCGCACCUGGCCCCUUGGGCCGCAUCGCCUCAGCUGGGCCACCCUUCAGGGGGCCCUUUACGAGACCAAUGAACUGGGUGGAAAACUGGAGCGGAAGGACGCUCAGCUGGAAGCGCGGCCUGGACCCCUGGCUAUGAUAAACGCCAGUGCGGGCUACUAUGUCGCCGGGUCUGGGGUCAUGCAUUGCAUCAACCUGAAGCAGCCGCAGCUGAGGUGCCUGGUUCCAGAUGAGGUGUUGCAUGUAGGGGCCGUGACGUACGACUGGAGGGGCGGCCGAAUCUACUGGUCAGAUGUGGCACGAAACUGUGUGGUGCGCAUGGAUCCCUGGAGCGGGGCUCGGGAACUGCUGCCCAUCUUCGGGGCCCGCCAGCUGGCUAUCGAUCCCCGUCAGGGCCAUCUCUACUACGCCACCGCUACCCGUCUGACACGUCGGCCUCUCAGCUCUUCCCCGGGCCACCCCCAGCACGUGAAUGAGGUGGAGUUUUACCACGUCAAUGGCCUUGAGGGUAGCAUCGUCUCGUUCAGUAUCGAUCUGGAGCAAGGACAGCUCUAUUGGCUGGUAUCAGGCCCUACCGCGUUGCGCCUCUACCAAGCUCCUCUUGGAUUGGAAACCACCCAGGAUUCCCUUCAGCUGUUGCAAAGUUGGCCUGGCAGGGAUGCCCUGCCCCACAGCCUCCAACUGGUCCGACCCCUCGGAGCUCUGCUAUGGCUGGAGCGGGGCGGUCGCCGAGCAGUCCUCGCCAGAAUAGCAGCCGUUAACGACACCAUGGAGCUGCUGCCCCAGGGGCUAGAAUCCCCCGUCUCCUCGCUCCAGCUUAUUGAUCCAACACCCCCGCCACCACCCGAUGCUGGGGUCAUACCUUUGGCCGUGCCCACUGACAGCGUCCGCCUGGAUGAUGGCCACUGGGAUGAUUUUCACGUGCGAUGGCAGCCAGCGAUAAGUGGAGGCAACCACAGCAUCUCCUACCGACUGCUCAUCGAGUAUGGCCAGCGCCUGCAGACUCUGGAUCUGGCCACUCCCUUCGCCCGUCUAACACACCUUCCGCAGGCGCAACUCCAGCUGAAAAUCAGCAUCACGCCUCGCACAGCCUGGCGGAUGGGCCCCACCACCCGCGUUCAGCUCUGCACGCCCGCCGCGGCUCCCACUCAGCCCCGGCGCCUGCGCGUUUUCGUGGAGCGCAUUGCUACGCCUCUGCUGCCGGUUAGCAUCGGGGCCCUACUCCGCUGGGAUGCGCCCGAACAGGCUCCAGCUCCGGUGCAGGCUCUGGAGUACCGCAUUAGCUGCUGGUUGGGAUCGGAGAUCCACGCGGAAUUGCUGCUAAACCAGAGCAGCCUUGAAGCUCGAGUGGAGAACCUGCAGCCGGACCAAACAUACCGCUUCCAGGUGGAGGCGCAUGUGGCAUCGACAGGGGCAGCUGCUGGCGCCGCUAACCACGCCCUUCACGUGGCGCCUGAGGUGCAGGCCGUGCCCCGCUUUAUCUUUGCUAACACAGAGUUCAUCGGCGAGUUGGAUCUAGACAGUCAGCUCCGGCGCCGUCUGGUACAUACCGCCAGUCCCGUGGAGCACCUGGCCAUCAUGGAGGGGGAGCAGAGGAUCCUCUGGGUCAACGAGCAUGUGGAGCUGCUCACGCACGUGCCGGGAUCCACACCCGCAAAGCUCGCCAGGAUGCGUGCUGAGGUUCUUGCCCUCACCGUCGACUGGGUUCAGCGCAUCGUCUACUGGGCCGAACUUGAGGCCGGCCAGGAGGUGCCGUCAGCGCAGGUAGCUGCAAUAUACCGUCUGGACUUGUGCCGCUUUGAGGGGCGCAUCCUGCAGGGCGAGCGACUAUGGAGCACUCCGCGGGGCCACCUGCUGAGGGACUUAUUGGCCCUGCCACACAGCCGGGCACUUGUCUGGCUUGAGCACGAGGUUGGUACCAAGAAUGCCACGCUGCGGGGCCGCAGUCUUACCGACGGAUCGCCUAUUCCGCUCGAAUCUUCCACCUCCCUCUUCCGGCUGUACGAGGGCAGUCUGGAGCCCGGGACAGAGACGCUAAACUUGGUGGACCACCAGGGCAAGCUUUGCGUCUACGACGUCGCCCGCCAGCUCUGCACCGUCACAGGCCUGCGUAGCCAGCUCCAAUUGCUGACGAAGGACGGCGGACAACUGGCCCAGGACUCGGGCUACCUCUAUGCCCUGCGAAACGGCAGCAUCCGCGCCUACGGUCGGAGGCGUUAUCAGCUUGAGUACCUCGUUGAGCUGGAGCCGGAGGAGGUGCGGUUGCUCAAGGCCCACAACUACCAGGCGUAUCCCAGCAAGCGCUGCCUGCUUCUGCCCGCCUCCGCUGCCCUAGACUCUACUGCCAUCCAGUGCGACGAAGUGCAGUGCAUCCUAACCCUGACCCAGUUGCAUGCCUCUCCAGACUGCGCGCUGCCCGUGCCUGGUCUGAGGUACCAGCUGAACUUCACUUCGCUGGAAGGAGGCCCUCGCGAAGAUGCACUCCAUCAGUGGCAGACCGGAUCGGGGGACACCAUCAACAUCACAGGCCUACAGCCCUACACCAGAUACCAGCUCAGAGCUUUAUUGAGUAGCUACUACCAAACCCGCCUAGGCCUCGACGCCCUCCCGCUGCCCUCCAUGGAAGUGCGCACCGCCUCGGCCUCUCCCUCGGCCCCAAGGAACUUCAGCGCUCGCGUGCUGGGUCCCAGCGAGGUGGAGGUCAGUUGGGCACCACCUCUCCAUCUCCGCAGCGAAAGCGUCCACUACACGAUCCACUGGCUGGAGGAUUCCAUUGGAAACCGUACGGAGCAAGUGGAAAUGGAACACAGAGUGGAGUCUUCGGGGAUGCACCAGUUGAGAGGGCUGCGGCCCGGGUCCGGCUACCGGCUUUGGGUGCAGGCCCAUGCCACGCCCACAAAGUUCAACAGCAGUACGGUAUUGCACGUUCGGACCUACGUGAGAUUACCGGAACUGAAGCUGCUUGAACUGGGACCCUACUCAUUGACCCUCUCAUGGGCAGGAACCUCGGACUCACUGAGUUCCCUGGCCCUCGAGUGUCGCUCAAAGGCGGAACACCUGCGCUGGGAAGUAGCCGGAAACCACUCUUGGAUGGAGGUGAAACCGUUGCAGCCGUGUACUCGCUAUGACUGUCAGCUGCUCCUCGGCUUUGCGUCCUCCCCAGGAGCCUCCAUCUACCGGGGUCCGAGUCAGGAGUUCGAGACACUCGGGGACGCACCUAGUGCGCCAGGCCGGCCACAGCUUGAGCACAUUGCCGGGGAGAUCUUCAGGGUGAAGUGGAGUGCCGCGCGCGGUAAUGGCGACCCAAUUGCCCUCUACAGUCUCGAGGCGCUGCAGGCCAGGGUCAGGCGAAGGAGGCGCCGGGAGAAUGCCAGAGGGGGCCGGCUAGCCCUUCUGCCAUGGGCCGAGGAGCCGGCGGCCGUGGAGGACCAGUGGCUAGACUACUGCAACACUACCGAACUGAGCUGCAUCGUGCGAGGUCUGCACUCGAACCGGCUACUCCUGUUCAGGGUUCGCGCUCGCAGCCAGGAGCAUGGCUGGGGGCCCUACAGCGAGGACAGCGACCGGGUGUCGGAGCCUUUCGUUACGCCCGAGAAGCGCGGCUCACUGGUACUGGCCAUCAUUGCCCCGGCGGCCAUUGUGUCCAGCUGUGUACUGGCCCUGUUCCUGGUCCGCAAAGUAGUGCAAAAGCGGCGAGUGCGGGCCAAGAAGCUGCUACAGCAGAGCCGUCCAAGCAUCUGGAGCAACCUGUCCACAUUGCAUACGCAGCAGCAGCUACUGGCCGCCCGGAACCGCGCCUUUUCCACGACGCUGAGCGACGCGGACAUCGCGCUGCUGCCGCACAUUAGCCGGAGUCAGCUGACCCUGCGGCGCUUCCUCGGGAGCGGUGCCUUCGGCGAGGUCUACGAGGGAGACUUGCAUUCCGAGGACAAGAAGGAUUCGCAGCGCGUGGCUAUCAAGAGCCUGCGUAAGGGUGCCAGCGAGUUUGCGGAGCUUCUGCAGGAGGCGCAGUUGAUGAGCAACUUUAAGCACGAGAAUAUUGUUUGCCUCGUGGGCAUCUGCUUUGACACUGAUUCCAUCUCUCUAAUCAUGGAACAUAUGGAGGCGGGCGAUUUGCUCUCAUACCUGAGGGCUGCUCGGCCAAAUUCCCAGGAGGUAGUCCAGGGACUGUCGCUGUCGGAAUUGCUGGCCAUGUGCAUUGACGUGGCCAACGGCUGCAGCUAUCUGGAGGACAUGCACUUCGUUCAUCGGGAUCUAGCCUGCCGCAACUGCCUUGUUUCUGAGGGAACAGAGACGGGGCACCGGCGUAUGGUGAAGAUCGGCGACUUCGGCUUGGCCCGCGAUAUCUACAAGAGCGACUACUAUCGCAAAGAGGGCGAGGGGCUGCUCCCGGUUCGCUGGAUGGCCCCGGAGAGUCUUGUGGAUGGGGUGUUCACCACCCAGUCGGAUGUGUGGGCCUUCGGCGUGCUCUGCUGGGAGAUCCUCACCCUGGGCCAGCAGCCGUAUGCGGCUAGGAACAACUUCGAGGUGCUCGCCCACGUCAAGGAAGGUGGACGUCUCCACCAACCCACCAUCUGUCCCGACAAAAUGCAUUCCUUGCUUUUGUUGUGCUGGCGCACCGAUCCAUCGGAACGACCCAGCUUUAGGCGUUGCUUUAAUGCUCUGCAUGCCAUUAACACGGAUCUCCGCCGCAUCCAAAUGCCGCCAGUCGACUCAAGAACUACGGGAUCUAGCUCGGAAGCUGAUUCCUGCAUCAGACCAGAGCUCAAGGUGCACUUCGAUGAGCACACGAAGAAGUCUGCGGUGCAGGAGAGCGAGACGAAGGAGCCAGAGAGUAUGUCCCUUCGGAAUGUGCCCAGUCACAGUCCAUCUCAGCAGCUGUAUGCCAACGAAGGGAUAUCCCGGCUGUAGGAGGCCAUCGUCUCCCUGCAGAGCUCCGAUGCCAGAACAAAUCAGUUUCUAAGCCAAAACUGGUUGGGCACGUGCUAACGAACUAGCUUUAUACUUUACGCUUAAGCUAAACCUUUGGAUUAAAUGUAUUUACAAGAAUAUACUGAAAGAAAGUGAACAUAUGUA